AUGGCCGAGCGCCAAAUCCGGCAGCGUGGGAGCGGCAACGCCCGACACGCUAGAGUAAACAGCGACAACAGCGACAACAACAGCAGCAACAACAGCAAGAGCAAUAGUAGCAGGGACAACAGCGACAACAACAACAACAACAACGGCGAUAGUAGCAGCGUCAAAAACAGCGACAUCAACAGCAGCAAUAACAACUGCAAGAGCAAUAGUAGCAGGGAAAACAGCGACAACAACAACAACAGCGAUAGUAGCAGCGUCAAAACAGCGACAACAACAGGGAUUACUCCGAUUUAUUGA